UCCGGUUGAAACAAGGAACAACAUCAAGGACUUGGAGAGCAAGAAUUCAUCGAAAAUUAACAAGAUGGGGCUUUUAUCUGAUCCCAACAGAAGACAGGCAGUGAUUCGCCUGCUCACACGCCUCAAUGCUCCAAUAUGUCUUGUGUGCUACUUGGCGGGUGUCGCUUGGUUCAUGGGUUUAGCAUUCGAGCCCUUCACCCUGCGCACCUACAUGUCAGAGAAUGCCAUGGGUUCCACCAUGGUGGAGGAGCACUUCCCAGCCGGAGAGAGGGCUCUGGUCACGGCAAGGGAGUUUGCGGCACAUAAGAAAAAACAAGAUGGGAUGCCUGUGAACUGGCUGGUGAAGACCAUGCAGGAUCGAGGCCUGGAAGUCUUCACACAGACAUUUUCUCGCACUCUCCCAUUCCCGGAUGAAAACAAAGAGCGAUUUAUGGUGAAAGGCACAAACGUGUACGGCAUCCUUCGGGCACCUCGAGCACCACGGACAGAAGCCCUGGUGCUGACAGCUCCCUGCAGCCCAGGCUACGCCAACAACCAGGCUGUAGGGCUGCUGCUCGUUUUGGCACAGUACUUCAGAAACCAGGUGUACUGGGCCAAGGACAUCAUCUUUCUGGUCAAUGAACACGAUUUGAUCGGCAUGCAGGCCUGGCUGGAAGGCUACCACCACACUAACACUACAGGAAUGGACUGGUCCCCACUUCAAGGCCGGGCCGGUUCCAUCCAGGCAGCCCUGUCUCUGGAGCUCAGCUCUGAUGUGGUGACCAGUUUGGACAUUGUGCUGGAGGGACUCAACGGGCAGCUUCCCAAUCUGGACCUUACCAACCUCUUCUACGCUUUCUGUCAGAAAAUUGGGGUCCUUUGCACCAUUCAAGGAAAGCUGCAGAGGAACGACUGGGACAGUGCUUCAGGCUACAGCCACGCCGUGCAGACUUUGAUGCUGAUGGUGCUUAAGCAGGCCAGCGGGCGGCCCUGGGGCGACCACGGUCUCUUCCUGCGCUACCACAUCGAGGCCGCCACCAUCAAAGGCAUCAACAGCUUCCGUCAGUACAAGACGGACGCCACUACCGUCGGCAGGCUCUUGGAGGGAAUGUACCGCAAGCUCAACAACCUGCUGGAGCGACUGCACCAGUCAUACUUCUUCUACCUGCUGCCUUCCCUCUCUCAUUUUGUCUCCAUUGGUUACUACAUGCCAGCAUUUGGUCUGCUGGCUGUCAUCCUGCUGCUGCGUGCAUUGGAUCUGUGGGUGCAACUGUCCGCUGCGCCUCCAGCUUCAGAAGACGGCGUGGCUGAUGCGGAGCAGGCCAGUCCUGGUGUGCUGUCUGUGAUGACCCCUCUGGUGAUCAGCCACCUGACAGGAGCGGCACUCUAUGCACUGCCAAUCCGCUUCCAGGAGAUGGCAGUAGAGCACUUCCCCGUGUCAGAGACUGAGGCCGUGGUGCUGACGGCCAUCGCUGUUUACACUGCAGGCCUGGCUUUGCCUCAUAACACACACAGGUUGGUGUCGGGUGAGGGUACAGAGCAGGGUUGGAGAGUCCUCAAGCUGGUGGCUCUGUUGUACCUGGCUGUCCUGCUGGGCUGCACCGCCCUCAUCAACUUCUCUCUCGGCUUCAUUCUGGCCCUCACGAUGGUGCCCGUGGCCGCUGUGGUCACGCCACACGUCCCCAAACUGCUGACAGCCUUCAUCAUGGUGCUUUUAAGCCCCGCCUGCACGCUGCUUUUUUCAGUCUUCAUCUUCCAGGAGCUCCAAGAGAUGCCGCUUAGCUUCCAGGACGGCUGGAUGCUCUUCCUGUCGGUCAUCUCGCAGGGCAUCCUGGACCACUCGCUCUACGGCUCGCUGGUCUUCCCACUGGUCUCCCUGAUGAUCUAUCCCUGCUGGCUACUCUUCUGGAACAUUCUUUUCUGGAAAUAGACUUGAGGACAACCUCUGAGGUGAUCUCAGGUUCUUCUCCCUACAUCAACAAUACACUGGAGGCAUGGCCUGUAUUGAAUUAUUUUCAUUCAUUUUUAUUUGGGACGGGUAUAAUUAUUUAGUCUGUUACUGACCCAGUCUUGAAGCAAUGGAGGAAAAAUAAUGCACUACUUGGCUGCAACCAGCAGAGGCGCUGUGUAGUCAGUGUCCACUAGUUAAAUAAAAUGAAAAAAAAAACAUGUAGAAAAUACUUAGUAUUUUCUGCUUUCUAACAUUUAUUUAAAUGUAAUUCUUAUUUAUUUACUUUUCUGACUGAUUAUAGUAACAUGAGGCUCUAUAAAUAAAUUACAUUGAUUUGGUUUUUAAAAAAUUAACUUAAUUACAUCAAUAAUUACAAAAUAAUUUAAAUCAAGCUUACUUUCUGCAAUGUAAGUUGUUAAAAUUUGGUUCAAAUAUAACAGAAUAAUUUUGUAAAUAUAUAUAGUUUCUGCCUCGAGAUAAAUUAUAUUAAAUCAAUAAUUUAUUUGUUUUGAUAAAUAAAAAUGGACAAUUAAGUUCUUGUAAUUGUUAUUUCAGAUUUAAUUUCAAUCAAUUUUUAAAUGUUCAUUCUUUUUUUACUAACAAAACUUUGUUAAUAAAAAAAUUAGCUUGCAUCAAUAAACCAAAGGUAAUGUUGGGAAGCUUUUUUUUUGGAAAAAUACUGCACUAUUUUUAUUUUGACGGUAGGAAGUACAGUUUGACAAAACUGUAUGUUGUAUACUAGUUUAGAUAAGUUAUUCUACAUUUUGUGAAUUGAAAUGUUUGCAAGUAUUUGCCAGUUAAACAGCUGAACAUUGCAGACAGAAAUGAGGUUGUUAAUGUUACAUUGUGUUUAUUCAGCUAAUGUCAUAUUUUUUUACAUGUACUGAAAACAUCAUUCCAUUGCUGUCACAACUCAGAGGGACUAAAAUCAAAUCAGCGACUAAACUGUACAUCAAUUAUGCCUUAUUUAAAAAAAAUUAACCCCAAUAAAAAAUACAUUUUAAAAAGCA